UCGGGCUCCGCGGGAGGGCGAGCGGGCGGUUCUAGCAGGUGGGGCGGAGCCGAGCCGAGCCGGUGGCUGAGGGAAGCUGUUUGAAUGGCCUCAGAAGAGCAAAGUGAGCGUACAGAGCAUCCAUCUGAGCCUCCUGCAGCUCCUGUUCAGAGUAACAGAACAUUUCAAUGGGGAGCCAUACUUGCUGCAGUGAAAGAUCAGCUCCCAUCUCUGGACUCUGACACCUCCACAUCUGACUGUGAGAGUGAUGGAGAGCUUUUCAUCUUCCAGCGGGAACAGCCAAAUUUAAUUCCUGACCUGUCAGAAGAACUGAUGCAGUUUUCCCUGGAAGACUCAAGCGUGCAGGAAACCCAGGAAACAGAAAGACACCCGUGGGAAGUCUGGAAUGGAGAUCUGAAAAGUUUUGGCUUUCAGAAAAAAACAGAUGGUGCCCAAAUCAUCGCAAAAGAAGAUGUACAAAUGAUUAAAGAUGAGACUUCCAAUCUGGCCAGCCACACUGAAGAAAUUCCAAGCCAAAAGGGAGCUGUUCUUGAAGAGUCUCUUGCAGAUUCCACAGAUCACCUUGAAGAAAAAGAACUGGGCAGGAGACAGGCCAGGGAAAGAAGGAACUCUUGGCUUAAUAUAGCAUUGUCUGUGGAAGAGCUGGACAGUAAAAAAGAGAGAAGAAAGCUGAUAGAGACAAAGAUACUCUCCAAAAUAAUUCUGGAGCCGUCACCAGGCCACCCAGAGCUAGAUAUCAAGCCUCCCUCACAUGGCGUUAGCAACAGCCUAGAAAGAAUUGCUAAGGAAGAAGCCUCCUCCAAUGAUCAUCUUCAAGAACUGACCCAUUUGUCAUUGCAGGAAGCCUCUUAUUUGCCAGAUAUUGACACAUUGCCUAGACCACACAGUAUGAAAAAUGAAAUGCUGCUUAUGACCAUUUGGCUGUCAAGUUGUGGCCAAGUAGCUACAGAUCAGUGCAGUGGGCAGCUGCCUAACAUGGUGCUGGGAGCAGCCGACAUCUACCAGACCCUUGUGAUGUGGCUUCUCUCUCUGGUGCCUCCUGUGAAAAUGAAAGAUGGACCUAAAGCUCCGUUUCAGGUGGUAGGGCUGCAGCAGGUCUGGCGAGAAGAUGGCUUGGCCCUAUAUGCUUGUCUAAUGCCAGCAGAUGAGUGUUCAGCCCACAACAGCACUAAGAUCCAGAAGAUAAAAACUAAAGAAGAUCUACAAGGAAGAUCCAUUUUUUACCAGAAGAUUUCUGCAUUUCUAGCCUGUACACAGCUUCCAGAUGUUAUCUGGUGGAGGGCAGAACUGGCCAAUCACUUCCAAAACCAACUGUGUCCACUUCUUCCUGAAAUUCCCUCUGUCCUGCUCAGUUACAUCACUGCUGUUAAUCCUGAUCCUCAGGCAGUGGAGAAGGUGUUUGCAGUGCCAAAUGGAUUUUACUGGCAGACAGUUGAAACUGAUGAAAAAUACUUCCCUAAUAGCAGCGACAUCGAGGCUUGCAGAGAUAUAGACACUGAGGUUGCCAUGGUAUUGCUGUUUGAAACUCUCUACCGAAGUCCCCUAGCUACCCAUCACAUGUUGCAGCUGGUACUCAGUUCUGGUCUGGAUAUCUGUGGACUCCGCCUGCUCUAUCCUCAGCAGGAUGUGCUGCUCUUUAGCUCAGAAAAGCUGCCUUCUUCCUAUACUUCAAAGACCGGCAAGGUGCCACCAGUGCUGGCAUUAGGUGUGAGAGGUCCUAAAGCACGUAGCACCUUGCAGAAUAUCAUUGGGCCAUCUGACCCGCAGCUGGCAAGCAUGACGGACUGCAGUUCCAUCAAUGCCAUCUACUGCAGGAGCCAAGCGGAGCCUCUCGUCUACCUGCCCCACCUGGACAACCGUGUGCACAGGGAGCUGUGUCUCUGGUUUGGAGGGAGGGAUGCUGAUGCAGCGCUGCAUGCUGGUGUUCUGGAUCUGGCUUCCCAAUGCAACACAGCAAGCUCUCAGAGUCCUUCAUCAACUAGGGCAGAAGCAGAUGAAGAAAAGGUUGAUCUCCAGGGCAUCGUGCUGUCUCGACCUCCAGCGAUGCUUGUCUCAACUACCAAAGGACUGAUGAAUGGACUGGCAAAGCAAGGCCUCCUUGGCAACGGGCAGAACAACCUGCCUGCCACUGCUGGGCUGGACGACUCUAUGUGUUUUCAUGUAGUUCCUUACACCGAGACCUUGCUGCAGACACUGGGAGGAAACCUCAGUGCAGUGCCAGACCCCCGUAACGUUACUCUGGAUCUUUUCUGCAAUCGAAUAUACGCUUCUGAUCCUGAAAUGGAGCAAGUUGUCAUGCUGACGGUGGUUGGAAUGGGCGCUAUGAAGAGUGCCGGAGAGCUCCUUCACCAGAUCCUUCUUCCUGGGCGCAAUAAUCAAUCUCAGAGUGCAGAAGACCUUGAUUUGGGAUUUGAGCUCCUAAGUCUCAAGUGGUUGCCCCGUCUCACUCGAUGUCAGGCCAGAGAAAUAACCCCUUUUGAGGUUGGAGAUACUUCCUGGCAAAGAAGCCUUGAUAUACUAAUGUCAAACCCAGUCCUUGUGUGUGCAUUACGGCGGAUUGAUGCCUUCAAAGUUCUUGCAGAUGCAUUGAAAAGAUUAACACAAUGCAGGGGGAAGCUAAGCAAAAGUGGCAGUCUUCUAGAGACAGUGAUGGCCUUGACCCCAGAAGUGACAUUCAGACAAGCCAUCCUCUUCUUCACAGAGAUGGAUUUUGUAACUGAUGCAGAACACCGCCUUGCUAUGAAAUACCUGCCACCACCUGGCAAGAGGUCCAGGGCUGAAGUGGGAGGGAGCCAGAGAUGUCAUGCAGAAGCGCUGUUUACCUACUUGCAAACAGGAGCCCAGAUUCUUUGCACAGUGCUGCUGAUCAAACCUGGUGCCUGGAGCCAUAGUCUUGCAAGGAUCCUCCGAAAACUAGACCUAGAAAAAUUCAGUGUGGUUGGGAUGAAACACAUAAACCUGGAACCAGACAUUGCCUUAAGACUCCUUUCUUCUGAAGUGAAACAGGAUUCUGCUGUUUUAGAAGCUCAUUGUACCUACCUUACCUCAGGCACUGCUCUUGUGCUCUGUCUUCAGAGGCCAAAUGCUGUGAAGAAGCUGAUAGAUUUACUGGGGCCAGAGGAUCCUAAGCUAGCCCAGGCACUAGAUCCGUUCCUCUGGAGGGCUCAGUAUGGCAUCAGCACAGUCCAAAAUGGAUUUUACGGCUCCAAAUCCUAUCAAAUAGCUGUCCGGGAUAUGAAGCUGUUUUUCCCAGAAGGACUGUGCUGCGCCGAGUGUCAGACAUUAGAGGAGGAAGAGAUCUAUAACCUGAAACGUGACCCCAUAGUCAGUUUGGAAAUCAACAAGCAGCGCAGGAUCAUAAAAUGUGAAACAGGAGGGCAACUCAAUUUAUUGGGCUCUGAACAACCAUGCAGUCUUGAUCGGCCAUUGCUUGAUAACCUUUGCCAAACCACUUGCCUCGUAUUGCCUGGGAUAAUCCUUCGGGGUUCAGAGCACCCACCUUAUGUCGAACUGCUUGAUCAGCUUAUUGGCAAAGAUUUCACAGUGACUGGAGUACGCCUCACUGUCCUGGAUGCACCACAAGCUCACUGCAUCUCUGAGACACUAAGCAGGGCAAAGAGCAGUGUUGUAGCAAAGUCCCUCUUAAUGGAUGGUUUGUGUCUGGUGCUAGCAGCACAGCGAGACAAUGCGGUCAUUUGCUUCGACUCCCUGCUGGACAGUGUCUGUUGGCAGAAGCAGUCAGUCCUGGACACUGUGCAGCAUCUCCUUUACCCCCAAAAUGAGAAUCAGGCUGAAGAGCUGCUCUGUUGCCUUUUUGACUCCCUGACAUCUGAGAGCAUCCACCGAAUUGAAUCCCAGGAUUGCUAGCCAAGAUGGUCAAGGCCCCCAAGCAGCCCGUGGACAGAUGCCACUGCGGGGGCUUGGAGACUCCAUCUUCCGCAGGCCUCAAAGACAUUAUUGAGAGACUCCAUUUUUUGCUGCUGCUGUGUUCUUUGAACCAAAG